CUGCGCAUACGCACUUCAUGCUGUGUUACUCGUAACAUACAUUGUUAUCAUCAUUGUUCAGGCAAUCGUCGUGCUCCGGAUCUGGUAUAUUCUCUCAUCGAGACGUGUGGCUCGUGCUGUCGUGGUUCUGUGCUUCCUUAUUAUGGUUGGCGUAACAGCGCACGCGCUAGCCUCCAUCUACCCGAAGUUCAACCCUGUUGUCUAUUCCCAGAAAGGAUGUGCACCGCCAGAUGUGGUGGGCGAUUUCUGGAGAGUAUACGUCCCGGAUCUCGUCCUCCAGACGAUCGUCUUCGGUGCUACGCUAUGGCCUGCGGUAGAGCUAUGGCGACGAGGACAGCACUCACAACUCCUCACGCGUGUUGUUAGGGAUGGCGGUCUUUUCUAUGUUGUUGUUUUCACUGCGGUGGCAUUCACCGCUAUCGGGUCACUUCAGCAGAAGAGCUUUCCGGUGAUGUUGGCUGCCGCCUACUCCGACCUCCUACUCGCUGUCUCCUGCGUCGCCGUAUCACGCCUCAUGCUGAGCAUCCACUCGCUCGCCUCGCACCUCUCCAUGGACCUCUCCAUGCUGCUCAGCACAGCAGAGCUGAGCCGCAUACGCUGGAAAAGAGGCAUGCAUGACGGGGAGCUCAUCGUUGAGAUCGACACCGUGGAGGGCGUCGAGCUCGACGGCUUGAUGGGGUCGUCAGAAAAUCUGCGCGCGCCUGCCGUUCACAUGUCCACGGUGGGCGCGUAUGCGGAUGCGUUUCCGCUGGAGCUGCGUCGUGAUAUAUCAACGGCAGGUGCUUCUGCUCAAUAUGCGAAAAGGUAGUCUCUGGACCGCGGACCGCUUCUGAUCAAAGGCAGACUCGAUGACAGGAUUUCGAACUUGAGCAAGUGGCUCACGUGUAUACUUAUGCAAGCACCGUCGGGACACGCGUGCUUGGCAGGUGGAGACUCGAUACGACCGUUCUGUCUUCAUGGUGAAUGUAGUCAGGUUCGGGGACAACAAAGCUUGCUUGCCGUGAGGAUAAUGAUAGGAUUGUGUCCAUCAGCAUGGUAAGCUAGAAGUUUCAGUCAUCACUGACGAUCUCGCACGUACGCUUGCGUGUUCCCUUGAAGAUCAUCAAUAUUUGACAUC